GUCACUUGUUAUACCAGCAACCCAAAAUUUAGAGAGAGAAAGAGGGGGGAGAGAGAGAGAAUGGGGCAUGGAAGCUCGAAAGAAGAGAGUGAGAGCAGCCUUGCCGGUUCGGAGAAGUCUGCGAGGGGAUCGCGUCCCUCUCGGCUGAGGCAGCGACUUCACCUUCACAGUCGUGCAAAGUCGUCGUCUCAUCACAAACGCCUUGAUGAUGCCGGCGAUUUCGCUGGAAUUGCUCUGCUAACCCUCGUUCAGGCUGAAAUGAAGUUCAAGGACAAGUGGCUUGCCUGUCUUUCUUUUGGGGAGCAAACCUUCCGUACCAACAUCUCCCCUCAAACAGACAAGCCCGUCUGGAACUCUGAAAAGAAACUUCUUUUGGAAAAAAAUGGGCCUCAUGUUGCAAGGAUCUCCAUUUUCGAGACGAAUAAAAUGUCCAGAAACAAUCUGGUAGGAUAUUGUGAGAUUGAUCUACUUGAAUUUCUAACCAGGGAUUCAGAUUCCAAUUCUGAGACGUUGGACUUGUUAGAUCCAUCAACAUCAGACAAAAUUGUCGGAAAAAUUUGUGUUUCAUGCUCUGUUGAGGACCCUAUUGAAACAGAAAAGAGUUUUGCAAGGCGAAUCUUAUCUAUAGUGGACUAUAAUGAAGAUGGAAAUCUUUCUUUCUCUGAAUUUUCUGAUUUAAUUAAUGCUUUCGGGAAUCAAGUGGCAGCUAACAAGAAAGAGGAGAUUUUUAAAGCUGCUGACAAGAACGGGGAUGGUGUUGUUAGCAUGGAUGAAUUGGCUGCCCUUCUUGCCAUUCAACAGGAAAAGGAACCACUAAUGAAUUGCUGUCCUGUUUGUGGUGAGACUCUUAAAGUCUCUGAUAAGCUGAACUACAUGAUCCAUUUGACCCUAUGUUUCGAUGAGGGGACUGGAAAACAGGUCAUGACUGGAGGUUUUUUGACCGAUAAACAGGCUUCUUAUGGGUGGAUGUUUAAACUCAGUGAAUGGGCCCAUGUUUCAUCUUAUGACAUUGGUUUAAACUCUGGAUCGAGUGCUGCUCAUAUUGUGGUAUUUGAUCGGAGGACAAAGAGACUUGUGGAAGAACUGAUAGAUGAAAAGAUUGUUUUGUCUAUGAGAGCUAUUUACCAGUCAAAACUAGGGCUUGGCCUUUUGGAUACAGGGGCAAAGGAGCUCCUGCAGAGCAUCUCUGAAAAGCAAGGGAGGAAAAUGAACUCAGUUGAAUCUGCUAAAGAUAUACCAAAAUUCGUCGAAUUUUUUAAGGAUCAAAUCAAUUUGGCUGAUGUUAAGCACCCUCUGGAACAUUUUAAGACAUUUAACGAAUUUUUUGUGAGAGAGUUAAAGCCUGGAGCAAGACCAAUUGCCCGUAUGGAUCGAGAUGAUGUUGCCGUAUGUGCUGCGGAUAGCCGUCUUAUGGCAUUUAAAUCUGUUGAUGAAAGCCUGAGAUUUUGGAUUAAGGGUCGAAAAUUUUCAAUUCAUGGGCUUUUGGGGAAGGAUCAAUGUUCCAGUGGUUUUAUUGAUGGAUCAUUGGUAAUAUUUCGUCUGGCACCGCAGGAUUAUCAUCGCUUCCAUUUUCCCGUUUCUGGAACUAUUCAGAAGAUUGUAAAUAUACCUGGAUGCUUAUAUACAGUUAACCCCAUAGCUGUCAAUAGCAAGUAUUGUAAUGUAUUCACCGAGAAUAAGCGAGUAGUAUCAAUUAUAUCAACUGCAGAAUUUGGAAAGGUGGCUUUUGUUGCAAUUGGUGCGACUAUGGUUGGCAGCGUUACCUUUUCAAAGAAGGAGGGGGACCAUAUUAAAAAAGGAGAAGAGUUUGGCUAUUUCUCAUUUGGUGGUAGCACCGUAAUUUGCGUUUUCGAAAAGGAUGCCAUUGAGAUAGACGAGGACCUCCUAGCAAACAGUGCGAGAUCACUGGAGACGUUGGUUUCGGUUGGGAUGAAGUUAGGCGUGUCCAAGAAACAAGCCAAGACUGGGUUGCCGAACUUGGAAAAAUGUGUGCUGCAAGAUUGAGAGGGCUAAUUCUUGUAUGCUAUGUUUCCAUAUUCAUGGUCUUGGACUAGGAUUUCAGCGUACUCGACCGGUAUUUGUAGUCUUGUAAUAAGGAUGGUGUUAAGGAACUGGUUGAUGUGAAUUCGAUUCAUCGUAAUAAAGCUGUGUAUCUUAUCAA